AUGUCGUCUUCACCUACGGCGUCUGCGCCAACCCUUCCGCCGUCCUCUCCAUUAUCCUCUGUGUCGCCCGACGACGAUUCGAAGGAUAAGCUAGCCGACGUGCCGCAUUCCUCGGAUGACGAUUCGAAAGAUGAACUAGUCGGCGUGCAGCCUUCCGAAGUCAAGUUUCUCGAGACUCUAUCGACAAAGAGAAGCGAAAAAAACGGCAAUAACCUUGUGAUUACAUUUAAAGUUGAAAUCCGCGGAAAAACUUGUGUUAUGAAAGUGUUUAAGGACGGUGAAUACCAACCAGACUACUUUGAGAUCGAAGCUAGCGCAUAUCGACUGCUUAAAGAAAAGGGCUUUUGCAAGCGUGGCCUUGUACCGAAUUUCUACGGAACCAUUGAGUACAUCAAUGUAGACCUCUGGCCAGACUUAUACGAAUUUCAACAUCAUAAACGGCCGCCUAGCGCUAUUUUAAUCGAAUAUAUACCUAGUGCCAAAAUGAUUAGCCUCGAUAACUUUUCACAAGAUAAUAUCGAUAGGCUGUCCGCAUAUCUCGCUGAGUUUCACGAGGCUGGCCUCUGUCACGGUGAUCCAUACCCGAGAAAUAUGAUGGUUGUUCAGGGAAUACCCGAGGAUAGAGUUUUCUGGCUAGACUUUGAUAAUUCUUCGCGGGUGGAGGAUCGAAAGACGUGUAAUAAACGGCAGGAAUGGGCAUUCCAGGCUGAAACGCGGGCGAUGGCAGCUUUUGCAAAAGUAUUGGCAAUGGAUGCUAAGAGCGGUAAAUUAGAGGAAGCGUGGUAUCAUUACCACUAA